AUGUCGACCCCCGUGCUGCCAAAUGGUCCCAGUGACUCCCCAGUCAAAAUCCUCACAGUGGGUGCUGCUGUCGGCAACAUUCGUGAACUCUUCACCAAAAUCAAGGCCAUAGACGCGAAACAUGGCAAGUUCGACUUUGCCCUCUGCGUUGGAGAUUUCUUCGGGCCUGUGAACACGGAGAACCUGAUAUCAGAGAAAGAGGGCGAGAUACAAGAGCUCUUGGAUGGCAAGAUUGAAGCGCCCAUGCGAUGCUACAUCAUGCAAGGAGAACACCCCUUGCCGUGGUCGGUGAUUCAGAGCUAUACCAAGACCUCCGGAGAGCUGUGCAAGGACGUAUUUCUUCUCAACAAACAAGCCGUUCUCACCACCGCUCACGGGCUCCGUAUCGCCUGCCUCGGAGGAAAGUAUGACGGGCAGGAGUACACAAACGAGCAGCACGGACCUCCAUUCAGCUACGCGUCCUACACCUCCGCAAACGUCGAGCAGCUCCUCUCCAACAGCCUCACCAAAACCGCGUCCGCCAACAAAGCGCAGAGCUACACCUCCCUCGCCGCGAUCCGCGACGCCGCAUCGUCCUCGUCGCUCGUGGAUAUUCUCCUCAGCCACGACUGGCCGUCUGCCGUCACGCAGUUCUCCGCGGCACCGCUUGCGCAGCCAGAUCUCGCGCCUGCAGGCGUGCACGCGCUCGACGAGGUCGUGCGCAAGGUCAAGCCGAGGUACCAUUUCUCGGCGGGCGGUGGGAGCCCACCGCAGUUCUGGGAGCGGGAGCCGUAUGUAUGGAACGACGAGCAGGGGCGCGUGUCGAGGUUCGUGAGUCUAGGUGCGUUUGGUGGGGAGAGUAGUACUGGAGGGAAGAAGCCGAGGUGGUUCUACGCGUUCUCGAUACAGCCCUCGGGGCCGGCAUCUGCGCGGCCUGCUAAUGCGACCAAGAAUCCGUUCAUUGAGAGUGUUUCUCGGCCGCCGAAGAGGCAUUUCGAGGACACGGACUCUGGUGGUGGUAACUAUAUCUGGGGCAAUGUUGGCGAUGCUGGCAAGCGUAUGCGGACAGGGGCUGGUCCGGGUGGUCCUCCUCAGAAGGGCGGCAAGCCACCAUCUGGGUACAAGUGCAAGGUUUGCGAGUCGACCGAGCACUUUAUCAACGACUGCCCAGAUCGCGAAAAGCCACCAGAAAGCUACAUCUGCAAGAUUUGCAACACACCCGGCCACUUCGUACGCGACUGCCCAACUCGUCAUCAAGUAGGAGACACCGGCGGACGGAAACCACGCGAAGGAUACGUGUGCCGAGCGUGCGGCAGCGAGCUGCACUACAUCGAUGACUGUCCUACUGUGAAAGCGCGUCCAGCCCACGAGGGAAGAGGGAAACGUGGCCCGCCCAAGGAGAUCACAUCCGACGAAUGCUGGUUCUGCCUCUCGAACCCAAACAUCGCAAAACACCUCAUCGUCUCCAUCGGCACCGAAUGCUACCUCUCCCUCCCCAAAGGCCAAAUCCCACCCACCCAAGGAUCCGCCGCCGCCUCCCACCCCAACGCGCCCCGCAUCCCCGGCGGCGGCCACGUGCUCAUCAUCCCCAUCACGCACCAGCCCUCAUACAGCACCAUCCCCGCCGCGCUCGCGCCGCCCAUCCUCGCCGAGACAGACGCAUACAAGCGCGCGCUGCGCGCGCUGUACGCCAAACACGGCGCGGCCGCCGUGUUCUUCGAGGUCGCGCGGCUGAGCGCGAAAGGCGGGCACGCGCACGUGCAGGCCGUGCCUGUCCCGCUGAAGCUCAGGGACAGCGUCGAGCGCGCGUUCAGGGCGGAGGGGCAGCUGCUGAAUGUCGAUUUCGAGGCGGACGCGGACGCCGCGCUGGCGGCGUGUGCGGGUGGGCGGGGGAGCUAUUUCAGGGUGGAUCUGCCGGACGGGGGGAAGCUUGUGCAUCUUAUCAAGGAACAUGUGCCGUUUGGGAUUCAGUUUGGGAGACAGGUUCUCGUUACGCUUCUAGACAUGGCUGACAGAUUCGACUGGAAGGCAUGCACGCUCUCGGAAGAGGAAGACAAAGCCGACGCCCAGGCAUUCAAGAGCGCGUUCGCGCCCUUCGAUCCGUCACUAUAGCUGCCCUCAGGUUUCUUAGCCGUAUACAAUCGAGCCCAUGUUGCAUUUUAACAACAUAAAGAUUUAACACAUGUACUCCGUGUCUAAUAUACAUUCCCAAAAAACGUCUUUACGCGUCACUGUCGUGUUUUCAUCAUCACGUUACCUGCCGCCUAGAUGUGAUCAUGAGGGUGGAUCUCGAGCGACUUCCUGUAGCUGUGGCCCAUCUUCUUCGUGCCGGACUUAGCCUUGGC